UCUCUCUCUCUCUCGUUCGAUCCCCACGCAGCGGAGAAUCAAUGGCCGCCAAACCCCUCAACCCAUCGUCGUCCUACGCCGAAUACAACAUCCGGACCCGGAAACCCGACCCGAAAUCCUGCGCCCUCCUCGUGAUCGACGUCCAGAACUACUUCGCCUCCAUGGCCGCCCCGAUCCUCCCCGCCCUCAACGCCACCAUCCGCCUCUGCCGCCGCGCCUCCGUCCCCGUCCUCUUCACCCGCCACUGCGACGCCGACCCGUCCGACUACCCCUCGCUCGCCGAGUGGUGGGGCCACGACUCCCGCAUCCUCGACGGCUCCGGCGAGGCGGAGCUGAUGCCGGGGCUCGACCGCGGGGACGGCGACCCGGUGGUGCGGAAGCACACCUACAGCGCGUUCCGGGGCACGGGCAUGGAGGAGCGGCUGGCGGGGAUGGGCGUGAGGGAGGUGAUCGUGGCCGGGGUCAUGACGAACCUGUGCUGCGAGACGACGGCGCGCGAGGCGUUCGUGAGGGGGUUCAGGGUGUUCUUCUCGACCGACGCGACGGCGACGUCGAGCGAGGACCUGCACGUGGCGACGCUCAAGAACAUGGCCUACGGGUUCGCUUACCUCGUGGACUGUGCAUCCCUCGAGAAGGGCCUACUUGGGUAAUUUAAUUUAGCUUUUUUCUUGCUUCUCUGUUCAUCUUCCUCCUCCAGUGCGUUUCUUGAAUUACAGAAGAUCUGUUAACGAAUGAUGGAGAAUUGGAUCGUGUAUCUUGGAAAUGUUGAAGGGUUUUCGCAUCGGCUUUGAUGCCCUUCAUCUCGUUCAA